AUGGGUAAUAAAUCUACCAAGUCGAGUUUUCGGAACGAAAUCAAUUCGCUUCAUGAAAAGGGUCGGAAAUAUCAGCAAGAGUGUAAUUAUGAACAAGCCUUGAUUUAUUUCAAUAAGGCUAUAGCUCAAAUCAAGUCGAAACAUCAUAGUAGUAAUCGUCUUUAUCAACUUCAAUAUUAUAUUUACUUUGACAUGGCUGACUCCUAUAAAGGGCAAAGUCAAUGGAAGGAAGCUAAUGAAUGGAGUCAAAAAGCAGAAAACUUGGCAGAGAAAUUAAAGGAUAAAAUCAAGAUUGCAGAGUGUAUCGAUAGGCAAGGAGAUAUCAAACUACUACGAGAUGAUACUGAUGGCGCCCUGAAUGAUUAUAAGAAAUCGUUUAAAAUGAAAUUGAAAUCAUUAGGCAUGGAUAGCAUCGAGGUCAGUGAGUCCUACAGUAAUAUUGGCCUUGCUUACAGUAAGCAAGGCAAGUAUGAUGAAGCCAUAGCCAUGUACGAAAAAUCGCUUCGGUUUCAACUAUCGAUUAAGGGCAAUGAUCAUCUCGAUGUUGCUGAGCUCUCUCAUAAUAUUGGAGACAUUUAUAGCAAGCAGGGAAAAUAUGAUGAAGCAUUAUCCGUGUUGGAUAAGUCGUUCAAAGCCCAAUUGAUCAAAGUUGGUGAAAAUCAUCCCAGUAUUAGUAUCUUCUACGAUAAAUUUGGUGGAAUUUACAAGCAUCAAGGCAAAUAUGAUGAUGCACUAUCGAUGUAUAACAAAUCACUGAAGAUUAAACUAGUACAACUGGGUGACAAUCAUCCAAAUAUUGCUAUAUCCUAUCAUAAUAUUGGGCUUGUCUGUAGUAAUCAAGGCAAGUACGAUGAAGCUCUAUCCAUGUUGAAUAAAUCACUACAGAUUCAACUAACAAGACUUGAAAAAGACGAUCUCUAUAUUGCAACAACCUAUCACAAUAUUGGAAGUGUUUAUGAGAGCCAGGGUAAACAUGACGAUGCACUGGCUAUGUUCCAUAAAUCGCUCGAGAUUCAGUUGACCAUCUUUAAGGAUGAUCAUCCAAGUCUUGCUAGCACCUAUAACAACAUUGGAGAAGUUUACAGCUAUAAACACAAGUACGAUGAUGCUUUAUUAAUGCAUAGUAAAUCGUUAAAGAUUCAACUAGCAGUUCUUGGAAAUCAUCAUCCUGAUAUUGCUAUGUCGUAUAACACCAUUGGGCUGAUCUAUAAGCAUCGAUACAAGUACAACGAUGCUCUAACCAUGUUGAAUAAAUCGCUCAAGAUUUACCUCGAUUUCCGGGGCGAAAAUCAUCCCGAUGUUGCAAUGUCGUAUAACAAUAUAGGAGACGUGCAUCGGCUUCGAGGCAAUCUUACGGAUGCUCUGUCCAUGUAUAGCAAAUCACUGCAAGUUUGUUUAGCAACAGUGGGUGAGAACCAUGCAAACACUGCGCAAUUAUACCGAAAUCAAGCAGAAGCCUAUCGUCAACUGUCUAAAUAUUCGCAGGCAAUCUCCUGUCUGCAAAAGUCCGUCGCUAUUUUACUCAAUCUCUAUGGAGAAGAUCAUGCUCAAGUGGUUUUGGAUAAGCAAAGAAUUGCCCAAUGUCACGAUCAACAACGCAAAUUGGAAGAAGCUGCAAAGCCAUGA